UCUCAGACGCCAGAAUGGAAACGCUCCUCGGUGCGCUCACUGGCACACCUCCCUCCUCUCCUCCUCUUCUUUUGAAUUGCGCAGCGGCACUAAGGCAGCAGCAGCACGCCGGGACUCGUUUGAAACAUAUUUAGAGAAAUAAAUAAAAAUAAAAAGCGAAGAUGAGGGUGAUUAUGAUGAUGAGCUGAUCAUGUGUCUGUGGACCAAACAAAUGAUGGAUUGAACUUUCAAAAUGUCCAAGUGGGAUUCGGAUUCUUCUCGGUUUGUGGAAUAUGUUAACGGGAGAGUUUAAACACAUUUUCUUCUCCAAACUGCAACAAAGAGUCCCUAACAAGCGGAGUAAAGAGGACUCUGCUUCACGUUUCAAAGCAGGCUGUUGUUGAGAGUGACCAAAGACAUCCACAUAACGAUGUAGUAAAGCGAUCUCCUGCACAGCAUCUUCGACUGGAUGGAAAUAAACUGCACCGAGAGGCAUCCAAGCAGUGCGUCAGACUGACCGUUACGCAUGGAGAAAGCUCGGGACUGAGCUUUUCUUUUUUAUCAUUAUUUUGUUUAUUUUGUAUGGUUUUAUCUCUGACAUAAAAGAGACAAAGUUAUUCUACUCCUCCUCAAACAGAAAAUGAGUAGCUGUCUUUUUCGACUGGCACUCUUCGUGGCUUGCGCGCUCUCCAUCCGCUGCACCGCUGCGCCCGGGACCGAGGCGGAGGCGCACACGGCGUCCAGGGAUACCUGCGCGUCCUGCGGCGUGGCUCAGCCGGAGGACCCGGAGUCGGGCCGGCUGAACGUGGACUUCCUGGAGGCGGUGAAGAGGCACAUCCUGAGCAGGCUGCAGAUGCGGGAGAGACCCAACAUCACGCACCCGGUCUCGAAAGCGGCCAUGGUGACGGCGCUGCGGAAGCUCCACGCGGGGAGGCUGCGCGAGGACGGGCGCGUGGAGAUCCCCAACCUGGACGGACACCCGAUGAGCAACGACGUGCUGGAGGAGAGCUCGGAGAUCAUCAGCUUUGCGGAGAAAGAUGACAUGGUGACGUCCAAGUCCAGCCUGUUCUUCCUGAUCUCCAGCGAGGGGAACCAGAACCUGUACGUGACGCAGGCCACGCUCUGGCUCUACUUCAAGCUGCUGCCGCUGCCUCCUUCGGAGGUGCGCUCCCGGCGAAAGGUGGCGGUGAAGGUGUACUACCAGGAGCCGGGCCUCGGCAGCAAGUGGGACCUGGUGGAGAAGCGCGUGGAGCUGAAGCGCAGCGGCUGGCACACCUUCGCGCUAACGGAUGCCGUGCGGUUGGUGUUCGAGAAGGGCGAUCGUCGCCAGAACCUGGACGUGCGCUGCGACGGCUGCGAGGCGGAAGGAGUCGUGCCGAUCCUGCUCAACCACAACGACGAGUCUCACCGGCCGUUCCUGGUGGUGCAGGCGCGACAAGUCGAAAACAAACACCGCAUCCGCAAGAGGGGGCUGGAGUGCGACGGCAGCAGCAGCCUGUGCUGUCGCCAGCAGUUCUACAUAGACUUCCGGCUCAUCGGCUGGAACGAUUGGAUCAUCGCCCCCUCGGGCUACUACGGGAACUAUUGCGAAGGGAACUGCCCGGCCUACAUGGCGGGCGUGCCCGGGUCGGCCUCGUCCUUCCACACAGCGGUGGUGAACCAGUACCGCAUGCGUGGGAUGAGCCCGGGCUCCAUGAACUCGUGCUGCAUCCCCACCAAGCUCAGCACCAUGUCCAUGCUCUACUUCGACGACGAGUACAACAUCGUCAAGCGGGACGUUCCCAACAUGAUCGUUGAAGAGUGUGGCUGCGCUUGAGUAUGUUUUACUACCCGUUUAUUUAAGGUGGAACUGAAGAACUUAAAACUGCAAACAGAUUCACGAUAAUACAACGACAACAAAAUGAAUAUAGAAACAGAAUAUUUAUGGAAGAUGGAGAAAACAUGAGCACACACAAUCUCAUCCAAACAUAUCUACACACCCUCAUGUAUGCCUGCACAAAAACUUGUAUAUAUAUUUAUGUCUGUUGAUGUAUUUCGUUAUAAAACUGUUUCUGUGUAGAAACGAUUCAGUCUCCUUCAAAGGGACGUGAAGAGUUCUCUUCCAAAUCUUUAAAAAUCCACUUUGGAAAAACAAUCAAUCUCUGAAGUUCCUCGUUAAAUAUCUCUAAGAUAGAGAGGAUCUGGUUUGCUAAGACUUAUGUAACCUACUAGCCUUUACAAAGCAGCAUCAGUUGAUGUAAUUCCCUGCUAUCAGUCACGUUGUUAGAGUAGGUACCACUUGUGUAGAAGUUUUGGAAUUAAACUCUUCAUGUGUAGAACGUAAACCCAACCUUGAGCGUGAAAAUAACGUCUCCAGAGGAGCCUUACAUGAGUCACAAAGAAGAUCGGGGUGAUUCAACUAUGCCUCUUUUUGCAAGAGAAUCGUGUGCAAACAAACGGGACAAGCACUGAAAAAAUGUUAUCAGUCAAACUUCACCAACAUACAGCACUUCUGGCCAUUCACACUACGUCUUAGAGAAACUUUGUUCCACGAUAAAACGAGUGGAUACGAACUUUUGGACGCAUUCCAAAAAACGGAUGGACACUGAAAAACACAAUCUGUAGAGACUUUUCAACAAGGUUGACACAGUCAAUAAACAGUGAAAUAAUCCUUUUAACUAAAAGCUAUAGUGGGAAUGUUAAGUGUCACACCCGAAAUUCCCUGGAGGUUGUUUCCGAUCUCUUCACAGCUCUGGAUUCUUCUCUUUUCAUUAUGUUAAUUGUUGAGGACGGACUGUUGCAUGUUUCUAAAAGUUGGAAGAGUAUUUUAACUUUUUAUAGGGUGACCCUGACUUGUUAUGGGAUUUCUUCAGAUCUUAUCUGUUUUUUUCUCAACUCCUGUCUGCAAAUUAUGAAUCCAUUUCUCAAAUAAUAAGUAAUUUCUGCUCUCAAUUUUCCUUAAAUCUAAGAACUUGCAACCUCAAAUUACUUGAUUCCCUUGGAACAAUGUCUCGCCUCAAAUUACAAAAGCACCAAAUUAUACCUCAAAUUUAUAUCUUUUUAAGUACUUUGACGCUCGCUAUAAACCAUUCAGAUUUAAUACAGUUUGAUUUGGAUGUUGCGAUACGAACUUCAGGUUCAAAGAUUUACCACAAGAUAUAUGGGAGGGGGCAAAUAGUUUGAGAUCAUGAUUUAGGCUACAUCUACACUACUACGCGUUACGCCUCUCGUCCGCACUACUUCAUCCUUUCCGAUUCUCUAAAACGGAGACGUUUGGAAACACUGCUGUCCCCGUUUUGGUUUGCAUACUCCGGGGUUGCUUUGUAGUCUGGACGGGCACAAUGGGAGACAUUUGGAAACGACGACACAUGUCAGUCAGUCUAAUCGGUUAGGUAGCUUACAGACCUUCCAGUAACAGUUCAACUUCGUCCUUGCUCCAAGAUAAUUAAUCCCUGCUCUUACUUUUCACCGUUGUUGCCCUUUCUCCAAAGUAGUUUCUGUAUGUUCUACUUUUACAUCCAUGAUUUUAAACCGCAGAGUAACGUCAGGCAAUCUGCUUCCUGUUUACACCAGCGCGCACAUGCCAGACAAUCCCAGACAUGCCCAGUAUGUGUGUGUGUGUGUGUGUGAACGGUCAUGUGAUAUGUGUUGUCAGACACAUUAAUAUGGACGCAUAUUAGUUCCGCUACUGAAGCUAAAAUUCUUGUGUGGACAGAAAUCGUUUUUUGUCUCAAAAAGCUGCUUAAAAAUGAAAACGUAGUAGUGUAGAUGUAGCCUCCCCCCCCCAACUGGAAUCUUAAGAUUUCAAUAAGUACACGUACAAUACGUCACGUACAACCCCAAACAAAUACUCUUUGCAUACGUGGAAAUGGUGAAAUGAAUAUCAGGAAUUACCACACAUUUAUCUGUUUUUGGUAACGUUUGGAUCGUGGAAGAAAAUCCUUCCAAAUCAAAUCAAAAUAAAAACCCGGUCAGUGAAAGUGAAAAGUUGCCAUAUUGCUCAGUUUAGUGACGUGCAACUUCGCACUUCCUUGACGCACACUUUGAUAGCACUUGCAGAUUAAAAAAUGCCUUUAACGAGCCCUCGGUGGCGCACCAUUUGCCCACAGUCCUUCUAAAAGAAAUAAGUGCCGCAUGAGCUAUGCAAUGUAUAUUAUUUACCAAUUUCCAUUUCAAUACUUGAAAUGUAAAUGUAAGUGUGGCAAAAAGGGGCAGUUUGGGCUUUGGAUACGAGGCAGGAGGAGUUUCUGUUAGUGAUUGACUAUGUGUUUCUGGUAGAUUAUGAUGUCUUGAACUGCGACAGAAAGAGUUGAUCAGUCAAGUCAAAAGUCUAAGUUAUAAAAGAAAAAACUGCAACUGUUGACAAGUCUUCUCUCCGUUGGAAAGAAAAAUCAACCCUGUCUCCUGAAAGUUACGCUUAUAUUCUACUUAAUGUUUUUUGCCAAAUAUAUUUGCUAAACUAACCGAAAUGAAGAUAUUAAAAUCAAAGUAAUGAGAUUUUAAGUUAAAGUCUUUGGAAUUUUUAAAACAGAUUUUUAACGACAACAAGUAAACGCGUGUGAAACACACACACACACACAUGCACACAGACACACACACGCACACGCACACGCACACAGACAGACAGACACACACGCACACACAAUGACAAGGACUAUUUUCCAUAAAUGCCAACAUGUCAGCUGUUUUAUCAUCUCUCAGAUGAUAAAGCUAAAUAUAUCAUUUCUGGAUCAUGUUUUAUUCCAGUCCAUGAAAACGUUACGUUCAAAGUUCCUUAUAUCUGUCGCAUCACAUUUCUGUCUAAAUAUAUUUGUUGUUGCAUUAGUAUAAAGUGAUUAUUAGGACACAGGGUUGGAAAAAGAUUGCUGCUAAAUUUCCAACAAAGAUGGCAGCUGGAAAGUGACACAUCUCUCCGUCCAUCUUGUAUAAGAAAACAAAAUCUAAAGAGUAAUGGUUCCCAACUAUACUAAAUAAUGGUAUUCUUUUCUUGAAAUACACAGGAUAAUUGUACAUCUUUAAACAAACCCAUCCAAUAAUCACAAUAAUCACAAUAAUCACGUAUUGGUUGAACUGUUGAGAACUUGUUGACUUAUACAACCUAUAAAAAGUGGACAUAUCUUUGUUUUGGAUGGAUCACAAGCCUAAAAAAGGUUGGGAACCAUUGUUGUAGAGUUUAUAAAAUAAUACAACGAUGUUUCUUUGUCACAUUGCCAUGUUUGUUUGAAAUAGAGCAGCUUGUUCUGGGAAAUCUGCUUUAUUGUGCAGAGGACAAAAUAGAUUAAAUCAGUGUUAUUGAAUAACGAAAUUAAAAGAUUAGUUUUCCGUCCUUUAUGUAAUGAUCAAUUGAAACCACUGAAAUAUAAAAGGAGGCUAACUGGGGCUAACUUUGACCCAGAUGUGGAUGCAUUUUGGAGUCUAAAUGAAUGGGUCCCAGUGGAGUUCCCAGUUCGGCACCGAAACACACUUUGAGACACAGUUUCAGUCACUUUGACAUCACUUUGAUAUUUUCAGGUUAUUUCACGAGUCCAUUAAACUCGUCUCUCAUUCCCAGGCUUCACCGCUACCAGUUACACAUUUAAAAGGUCCAACCUGAAACCUAUUUUCUUGGUUUUUAUGUCUAAGUGACUGAUGGAAACAACAAUCUUUGAAACUGGUGCAGG